AUGAAUAUUGUAAAAAAGAUUUAUAUCUUCCAUUUUCUGAUAAUCAUAUUAAAGCAGUUAUGUUUUAUAUCAUCAAACAAAAUAAAAAAGGAAGAAAUGGGGAUAAUGGAUUUGUUACCCAGUAAUUCUUUACUAUAUCCUUUAGAUUUUCAACAAAAUUGGCAAGCAUCUGAACCUAUUCCUCUUAACAUUCAUUACGACGUCCCAUCAUACGGACAUAAGGAUUUGCUCACUGCACUAGAGUACCACAAUGAUUUGGAAAAUUAUGAAAAGGAAAGGGAGGAAAUAAAGAGAAAGAUAAUAGCAGAACAGAACAGAUUAGAAGAAUUUUUGUGGAACAAAAUUGAAUUCCUUAAAAUAAAAGAAAGAAAUUUGCAAAACCAAAAUUUUUUAAGGACUCAUAAAAAUAAGAUAUAA